AAAAUGUCUGCCCAAUUCGGUACACAUCACCCAUCGCAUUUGACACGUCACUGCACUACCUAAUCCCGCCUUAAGUUUUUCGCAAAAUAAACUCUGAAGCCAGGCAGCAUCGGGUAGUUUUGUUAAUUUGUAUUAGAAUCGUCGGGGCACUUCUGUCAAAUAUAGAAUCAAAGCACAUCUUAAAUUCGUUAAAAGGUAAAGCUCAGGUUCACGGUUUAGAUCAGGCACGCUACUGGCUUCUAUGUAGGUCCUUUCUUUAGCUGUCGUGGCCUUCUCAGCGAGACGUCAUCACUAGGCUUUCUUUUCUAGUGGUCUGCAUCGGCUGGGGUUCAGUCAGAGUCAGUCUAGAUUCAUCCUUUUUUUGCCAGUCGUCUAAAACACAGCUUUACACACAAUGCCUGGACCCGCAGCUAGUGCAACAAAUGUUGGUGCCUCCAGCCGUUCCCCCAGUAAGACGGUGGCUCCCCGCACUGCUGGUACCUCAGCCAGACAAAGGAAAGCCACAAGCAGCAGUGCACGCAGCGGAGGCAGAUCCACAGCUUCUGCAGGCACAGGAGGAAUGUGGCGCUUUUACACUGAAGAUUCACCAGGGCUUAAAGUUGGCCCAGUUCCAGUUUUGGUGAUGAGUCUGCUGUUUAUCGCAUCUGUCUUCAUGCUGCACAUCUGGGGAAAGUACACCCGCUCCUAAGCCUGCAUGACCUCCGGACUCCACCCUCAAGCCUGACGCAGAAUCUUAAGUCUUUGGACUUGGACCAAACUCUGACCAUCAAUCCCUUUUUUUUUCCCUUUCAUAACCUCCAUUUCAAGGGUUUUCACCCCAGAAGAGUUUACCCAGCCACUACAAACAUUUGGAAAUUGGAGUAAAAAAAAAAAAAAAUUCAGAGCAGGACUUUUUUUUUUUUUUUUUUUUUUUAAACAUUUGUACAAACUAACAUGUAAAAUUGUACAAUAAAAUGCUGUAAAAUGUU